UUAAACUGUUUUUAUAUUAUUUUUUUUUGCUGGACAAUUCCGUAAAUGAAUCCUUUUAUUCAGAGGGAAUUAAUUCCAAGCUACACCGUCUCCACACCCGACGGAACCGUGAUGGCGGCAAACUCAAAAAAGGAUAUUUUCAGCUUCUUCAGUAAAGCAGACAGAUUUGAGACUAAAACUCCUUCGUUCUUGGAGCGGAAAUGCUUGCAACAGUUGCAGAAACAGCUGGUAGAUCUUUAUCAGAAAUGUGAAGAGAAACGGCUGGAAUUGGCAAAGCAUAUUGAAGAAUGGUAUCCUAAGUCCCAUGAUCUUGACUUCAGUAAGAUGUCCAUGUUGACCUUUGACCACCAGAGGGAUGUUUACAAUAGAACCCUCCGCACCUACGAGUUAUUGGGUCUCAAAGUAACAAGCAGCACUGACAACGAUGUCCGCAUACAGUUCCAGGUGACCCAAAACGGCAAGUUCUACCAUGACUAUUUCAUUGAAAUUUUUCAGACCAACCAUGGUCUUGAGACCAAGAAAUACAAUUUGCUGCCAUUUAUUCCUGUUGAGAAGAUUCUAAGCAAACAUAAGAAUCUCUCCAAACAAUCCACCCAUGCCAUCAUCAAAGAAAUCUCUGAUUAUGUUUAUGCCUUCAAUGUCAGAGACAUUGCAGUUCAAACGUCUUUGUCGAUGUGCAAAGACCAUCUGUUAAACAGCAUCCAGUAUUCGGUGGCUCGAGACAUGAUAACUUUUGUUCUGUCCAAGGAAAAUCUUUCAAUUGAUUGCAGUCUCUCCUACAUGAACCUUUUGGCGGUACGUCCAGAUGAAAUAUCUGUCCAGUGUUCUGACCUCGGUAACAUUUACUCGAAAGAGUGGCUGACUGAAUUCCAAGAGUUCAGUGGGAUGUCCCUUGCCAAACUCAGCCUACCAGAAGCAAUCUGUUCCAUUCUGAGCUCAGUCGAUGUCUCCAACUCCAAUAUCUUCCGAAGUGAAAGUAACGGGAGCAGCUUUGAUUAAGGGCCAUAACCAAGAAUUCAGACUCUUCCACAAUCUUCAUUGUAUUCGAUGCAAUUCUUCAGAAAAAAAAGUCACUGCAUUGAGGAACACAUUUUGUUGUCUUCACAUGAAACAUGUUGCUGCAAAUUAGUGUGUUUAU